AUGACUGGGAGAAAGCGGGGGAUUGACGAUGUCGACGGCAGCGACAAUGAUGACAACCGGAAGAAACAAGCGCGAGCCUCAGACCUAGGCAGUGGAGCGAAGAGUGGACAGUCCUCUUCAGCGUUGAACGCUGAAGCUGUUGCCAAAGCCCCGCAAACGACAGCUGCCGUUGCUGGCCAAACUAACAAGUGCAGGAAGCAAAAGAAGCAACAAACGAAGCCAGCAAACGAAGCAGCAAACGAAGCAGCAAACGAAGCAGCAAACGAAGCAGCAAACGAAGCAGCAAACGAAGCAGCAAACGAAGCAGCAAACGAAGCAGCAAACGAAGCAGCAAACGAAGCAGCAAACGAAGCAGCAAAAGAAGCAGCAGGGGAAAUCUCAGUCAACAACAAAGAGUCCACUGCAGGACCUUCGACUGAACCAAGCAACCAGCCUCGGGUGAAAAGGCAGCGUCGGAAAAAGGGCGAGCCAGUGCCAGACCCCGUGGAGAGGGCUCGUAGCAAGAUUGAGAACAAUCCUACCAAGCGUACCGACAGAGCCUGUGACUAUUGCAGAAUGAGUACGCAAACGUAUACCGAUCGGAAGGUGCGGUGCGACAGCAAUCCCGAUGGCUGUGCGCAAUGCGUGAAACAAAAUAUACGGUGCACAUACACUUUCCGAGACCAGAAUCCCUAUGUUCGGGGAGGUCCGCAGGAGCCUGAACGGGCCAGAGACGAAUUGAAUCUUGAGGUUGGGAGGCUCCGCGCAGAUGUUAACAUGCUGCAGCGAGAUGUUAACUUACUACGGCGAGAUGUUAACCUGCUACGAGAGGAGAAUAUGCAGUUACGUCAUGUGCUAGCGGGCUAUCGGACAGCGUAUCCUAACCACAAUCAAUUUCCUUGGUAUCCUCCUCCGGCUGGGCAAGCGCCUACCUAUCCCCCAUACGGUGCGUAUCCUCAAGCAGCAGGGCAAGGAGCUGCCUACUUCCCACCUCUUCCAAACCCUCCUCCGGCAGGACAAAUUCCUGCCGACUUCUUGCUUGCUCUGAACGCUUCUCUAGCAGGACAAGAACCUGUCAACCGUCCACCUGCUCCGAACCUUCCUGCAGUAACACAAGAACCUGCCAAUUUCCCACCUGCUCCAAGAACCCCUCCGCCGAGGCAAGGCUCUCCCUACGUUCCAUCUGGCGGUUCUAGUCCUUACCGUCGGGCACUUCCUGAGGCGAGUGCAGACAAUGAUGACACCAAUUCUGGUGCUACUCACAAUGAUCCAGCUUUCGCUAACCAAGUUGCUCCCCUAAUGACCGAGCAGGGUGGUGGUCGACCGGCUCUGGAACCACAGCAACCUGGUUACCAGAAUACUACGGCCGGUCCCGCUGUAACCGCUCCUGCUCUGGCAGCUCCCGCUACGAUAGCCGGUCUCGAUGAUGAUUUGCUCGCAGGGUUUGUCGCUGCACCAACUGAUCUGAACGACCUCAAUGGCUUCAAUGGUGACAAUGGUGACAAUGGUGGGGAUCCCGCAGUAGACUUGUUCAUGGCACCUGCUGAUAGAGCUCUUCUCGAGGCCUUCAACAAUCAGCCGUCUGAUCCCAAUGCUGCCAAUACUGCGGGCCCAGCAACAGACCCCUUAACAAUUGACCCUGCACAACUUACCUUACAACCAGUUAAUUACCUGCAGGGUGCAAGUCCAACUACGAUGGCGAUGGCAGAUUUUCUUAGGAGGUUACAGAAUGGGGGAGACAAUGACGGUCCUCAGCAGAACUAA